CUCUACUAGUCUGUGGGAUAACAAAAAAAAUCAAAGAACUUUAUAAAAUGCUGUUGAAAUGGAGUACGGUGCAAGAAGAAUUCCUGGAAAGCUUCGCUAUAUUUAGAGCCCAAAUAAUAUCCCCUCUCACUUUGAAUCGGUCAUGCAAUCAUAUCGGGACGCACCGUCGAUUAUGACGUCAUCACAGGAAAUUCCUACUUUAAGACGCUUGCAUUAUAGCUGAAUAUGAAUAACAUGAUACCACCAGUGAUUUGAAUUUACUCGGCAUAACUAUAUGGUUAUAUGGGGCCUUUCUGUCUGAAAGGCAAAGGGAAAGACCAUUGACAUUGUAUCAAGUGCAACAUUCCCGCCAUGGAUGGAAGCGAGGAAUUGUUGUUGAUUAAGAAAUCGAAGGCGGACGGUCCAAACGAUCAGGCAAUAGUCAGUUUUGGAUGGCGAGUGUAUGGGCUAACUACCAUCACCCUACUCAAUGUAAUGAACUUCACUCAACAGUAUCUGCUCAUUGUUACAAUAUUUGGAAUGGCCAAUGAGCUUGAGUUUGGUGAAACAGAAUGUCAGGUGAUCAACGAAACAGAAGCACGUGACUACCUCCACGAUCGCAAUAUCACCGGCCAGAAACUGUGUGCUGAGAGAGGAAGGUGUUCUGAAAACAGCACGUUUUUCUUACCAGAUGUGUGUGGCAUACGAUACACAGGACAAGGUACACUUUAUGACGUAUUAGCUGGGCCUAUCUACCUCAUAAUACAGGGUGUGGCAGCAAUUCCAAUCGUAGGCUUGUUUCAAAGGCUUUCUCUGAGACCGACAUUUGCCAUUGGGAUACUCACCGUGUUGUGGACCCUCUGUACAUUUACCACAGGCUUCGUAGAAGACUACUGGGCGAUCGCCUUGCUUCGCUUUUUUUUCGGCAUAUUUUCGGGUCCAUAUCCUCCUUUAGCUCUAGGAUAUUUAUCUCAUAUCUUUCCGAAGGAGGUACACACUGUGGUCUUUGGGAUAGGACAGUACGGUAACCCCGCAGGGUAUGGCGUAUCAUACAUCUUCAUUCUUGUCAGUGAAAGCAUGGGAUGGAGAUGGUGUUACAUCAUCUGUGGUGGGUCAGGUCUCAUCCUCGCUGUCGCUUCUUGCUUCAUGGUAGUGCAACCCAGAGGACAUCAUAAUCAAAACGAGAACACCUUGACGCCAUCUUGGAGCCAGCUCCGUAUCAGUUUGAGACAGAUUGCUUGGUCUUUCAUGAUAUAUAUAAUCCUCGCACAAACAGCACUCAUUGCAGUCGGCUAUGUUCUGUCUUUCAACAUCACCCUUUACUUGGUCGAAUACUUUCCAGAUUUUAAUAUAUCUCUAGUUGGUGUGAUUACAAUAAUCGCAGCAUUUCCCGGCUGUAUCUUUGGAGGGAUGGUGUGCGAUCGUCUACGGAAAGUUGCUGGUUUACGCGGAAGGAUUUUCGUGACAGUCAUUCUCAUGAUAAUUCCGUUUAUAUGCGGAGUAUUGAUUUUUCAAACCAGCCUUACCUCUCUGGUGAUUUCAUUUGGUAUCCUGACCCUCGUGGCGCAAUGCGUCAACUUAACGCUGCUCUCUAUCAUCUCAGAUCUUACACCCAUGGAAUGCAAGCUGGUCGUCUUUGCCAUCGCUUACUUCUCCUUAUACUCCGUUGCGGGAGCCAUCAAUCUCCUGAUCACCCCGAUCGCCUCUGCGACGAGCUUCAGACUGGCGCUCACGAUUCUAGUUGGAACCCUGUUUGGGUUAUGCUUAAUAUUUCUUCUCCUCAGCUGGGUUACCAUGCACAUUCAGAAAGUGAGCGAGAGUCAACUGGCCAGUCGAGAAACUGGGAAAGAACCAAGAGCGGGGGAGAUGACUGAGAACACUCCCCUGGUAUACUCUCAUAACGGACUUGAUAAGGAUGCAUUAAUUGGGAAAUAUUCUUAAUACACUAUAAAUGUUAAUGUUAUGCUAGUUCGUGUAUGAUGUUUCAGUUUACAGUUUUAGUUUUUAUUAUGAAUAGUGUACACUGAAUCAUAAUAAUGAUAUUGUGUGUUUACACUGUGAUUUGCAUGGAUUUAAAUCCGGUGGUCCGUUUCAUAAUACAAUUAUGGUAAACUUGCCAAAAUAUUGUAACUGCCAUGGUAAUGGGGCUCCUGAUCAGCAGCUAAAUAAAAAUCGAAUUUCCCAUAAUGCCUUAUUUUAAGUUUGAUAAAACUGAUGUCAGAUCUGUUGUGAAUAGGAACUAACCAUGCAAGCUGUGGUUUUUAUUUGAACAUUUGAAAAUAAAAUGAUUUUAGAUAUAAGAACAGAUCCCAGGGGUUAAAUCCUAAUUUGAAUGGUCAAUAUCAACAGCCAAUCUGGAUUUUCUUCUUAAAUGCAUGUGUUCAAAGUGGAUACCCUUAUUAAAUUUCUCGUUUUGGAAACAUACAUGAUCAUGAUUAUGAGCAGAUAUCGUGGAUAUAAUAGAGAAGGGACCACAGUUGGAUAUUGUGCCCAGUGGUUUACCUAGCAAAGCAAGGAUGUGUGCUGAAUACUUCCUUAGUGCUCUCUUAAUUCUGACGUACCAUUUCUUUUUCUCUUACACAUUUUAUGACCAAGAUUUGAUUCCCCCUUUAAGGUCCUUUUGCCACUGACUGCGCGUAUUUUUAUUUCAGUAAUGUUUUCGUUUGAUGCUGCAUAGUUAUAUACUGCCAAAGAAUAAAAUAUAAAGGCCCUCCUUUGGGUAACGCGAUCGACGGUUCAAAUCUUCAUUUUCAAUAAAAAUAGCAACAUCUUAAAGGGGAGCGAACUGGCCAACAAUCUGUGUUGUCUCCCUUUAGUUGUGCGCUAUAAAUGGCUAGUCUUAUAUCUUUUGAUACAACUAUUCGUAAUUCAGAGGAUGAAAUAGCCAAUAAUUUUAUUUGUGUAUAUAUUGGAACCGAAACGUUCUUGAGCCUGUUGAAUUAAAAGGUACCUGUUAUGGCACCUGGUAAAAUAAUCAUUGCAAUAUUUAUGUAUUGAGCAGUGAAUAUCAUUUAAGCAUGUCAAGUGAGACUAUAUCACAAGACUACACUUCUGAGAAUGUUAUAUUGUGGGCAGUAAACCUGGUCGGAUGUAGAAGAAUAUUUGAGGGGGCUACUUUGACUACUAGUUUGUUCUUUUUAAACUUCUGAAGGUCAUCUACAAACUUUACAUUGCGUAUCAAAAAAAGUUUACACUUAGAAAAAAAAAUCCUGUAAAAUGAUACAUUUGUAAUAUCCUG